CAUAGAAAUUAUAACUCACUGCCAUAACCAUAAAUAUUUUCUGUUUUCCCGAAACAGAUCAACAAAACUGAUUAAAGCAAAAUAUAAAAUAACCUGCAGAUAUCAAUGAAGUAACGAUAAAAUGGAAUAGAGUUUUGGCAACACCAAUUUGUGUAAAUGAAGAUUAUCUGAAAUUUGAAUUAUAAAAAUGACUACAGACCAACAAUUACAAGCAGUCGAGCAAACGAAUGAAAGAAUAUCCACCAAAAAAGCCCUCAUAUCAGUAUUAGGUAUAUUUGUUGGGUCGCUUUUUUUACUAAUUUUAGUAUAUAGCACUUUUCCUAAUGUCACUGAAGAAGAAAAAGUGCAUAUCAAGGUUCCUUUCAAUAUAGAGGAUGCUAAAAAUUUGGGCUUAGUUUUGAACAGAUACAAGGUGGAUCAUUAUUAUCAAGUUAUGCUUGGUGUCUUCUUGAUUUAUAUAUUUCUUCAGACAUUCGCCAUUCCAGGAUCUUUAUUUUUAUCCAUACUGUCUGGAUUCCUAUUUCCAUUCCAUGAAGCUUUACUUUUGAUAUGCAUUUGCUCAGCUUUAGGGGCAUCUCUUUGCUUCCUUUUGUCUCAGUUGUUAGGAAGGAAGCUUGUGAUGAAGCUUUGCCCAAAAAAAGCUGAGGAAUGGGCUGUGCAAAUAAAUCAGCAUAAAGAUAAUUUGCUGAAUUACAUAAUAUUUCUCAGAAUGACACCGAUUCUGCCAAACUGGUUCAUAAAUCUAACAGCGCCCCUAUUAGGUGUACCCUUAGUGCCUUUUGCCUUAGGGACUUUUAUUGGAGUUGCUCCUCCAUCAUUUUUUGCAAUUCAGGGAGGUAGAACUUUACAAGACUUGACAUCGACUCACAAUCCACUUAGUCUGAACUCAGUAGGAUUAUUAUUUCUUUUUGGAAUUGUAUCCCUCAUUCCAGUGUUUCUGAAGAAAAAAUUGAAGAAUAAACAAAAUUAAUUUUAUUUUGUUAGGGAGUUUGUUUUUCCUUGUUUUAAAUGAAAUUGUACAACUCGAGAUUCGAAUAAUGUGUUUUUCAUUUGAAUAAAAUUUUUUGAUGUUGA